AUGGGCAUUGAGGAAACUGAUGAAGCAAGAAAGACGUUCUCAAAUGCCAAAUCUAUUUCGUCUUCUCAAUAUUUUGGAGACCAGAACAAGGCGAGAGAUGCUGAGACUCAGGCUACUUUGUCAAAAUUUUCAGGUUCAUCUUCCAUCUCUAGUGCUGAUCUUUUUGGUGACAAUGGAGACUCCACCAUUGAUCUUGCUGCCAGCGAUCUCAUCAAUCGAUUAUCCUUUCAGAUCUAUCAAUUUGGUGCUUUCAUUAGUGUUUCUCAUUCCUCCAUGGCUCCAGCAAAGCCACCUAACCCUUCUUCGAAGGAAAUUAUCGAGGAGGCUGUCCAAAUCUCCUCUGUCCAAAUCAGCAAUGCCCUCUCCGAAACGCAAGAACAAAUCGAUACAAGGUUUCAACAAAUCUCAGCUGAUUUAGCUCAACAAAUGGCGCAUCUCCAAUCGAGGCUGGAUAGUGAAAAAUCCUUGGAAGAUUCACGCUUCGAAGAGCUCAUGGCUGCAAUCAGCAAGCAACCACCGCUAAAAGAGAAGUCAGUCGCUGCUGCCUCUACUUCCGCAGCCGCAACACAGCCAGGAGCACAUUCCUCAGGUAUGCUCCAUAACCCGUCCUCAAUCUCCUUCGGUUCCCCACCCUUUACCCACAUUUUAUCAUCUUCCAGCAAAUCCCCAGCCCACCAUUCGUCACCAUUGUCUCGCACACCCACCCAAUCAGUCCCACCUCCCCGUACCACCACUAUUUCCACUUUACCACCCUUCACUUCCCUCUCUUCUUCGUACAUACCAGCGUAUUCAUACUCCACCAUCCCUACGUUCCACUCAACAAUACCUACCUCUACAACUAUCCCUUAUUCCAUUCCUCCAUCUUCAUCUUAUACAGCCACCCUUACACCACAUUCUACCCCAUUAUUUUCCCAAAUGCCAUUUACGUCAACCUCUAAUAUUCCCCCUUUACCACCCUUCCGAACACCCAAAUUAGAACUUGCGGCCUUUGACGGCUCUAACCCUCUAGAGUGGUUAUUUCAGGCGGACCAAUUUUUUGGGUUUUACAACUUUCCUCCAGAAAACAGAUUAUCCUUAAUUUCCUUUUACAUGAAAGGGGAUGCCUUAUCUUGGUUUAAGUGGAUGCACCACAAUAAUCUCUUGACUGAUUGGUAUUCGUUUGUGAGGGAACUCGAAUUAAGGUUCGGACCGUCCACCUUUGAUAAUCAUCAGGCAGAACUUUUUAAACUAAAACAGGAGGGUUCAGUCAUGGAUUAUCAAUCCAAGUUUGAAAAAUUAUGCAACCAAGUUGUGGGGCUUCCACAUGAUGCUGUUCUAAAUUGCUUCAUUUCGGGCCUAAAAUCAGAAAUCAGAAAUGAAAUGGCAAUUCAUCAUCCUCGAACAAUCUCUCAAGCUAUUGGGCUCGCUAAGCUCAUCGAAUCCAAAAUUCAAGAUACCAAGCCCAAAUUUUUCAAACCCUACUCUACUUCAUCCAACCGUAACCUCCUCUUUAAUAAGCCCACCAUUCCCCACACCCCCCCUCCUACACCAGCCGCAAGCUCUAAUUCUACUUCCCAACCCAGCAAACUACCAAUUAGAAAAUUGUCCAGCGCUCAAUUGCAAGAACGUCGGGCACAAGGCCUUUGCUUCAACUGUGACGAAAAAUUUGUUGUGGGACAUAAAUGCAGCACUAGCAGAUUUUUACUAUUGCUAGCCGAUGAUGAAAAUUUGGACACAACCUACAAUGAUGAACCACAACCUGAUGCUAUUGCUGACCCUGAUUCCAAUGACACCUAUUUCCAACUAUCCCCACAAGCUUUAACCGGCCAAUUCUCUCCACAAACACUUAAAUUUCAGGGCUACAUUGGUGGCCUCCCCGUUAUGGUUCUUGUUGACACGGGAAGUACGCAUAACAUCCUUCAACCACGGAUUGCCCAACAUCUUAAUCUACCCACAAAACCUAUCCCACACUUUUCUGUGAUGGUUGGAAAUGGCUCUCACCUCCAAUGUGAAGGCAUUUCCAAUGGUGUUCAGCUGACCCUUCAAAACAAAACCUUUACUCUUCCGUUCUAUCUUUUACCUAUUGAAGGCGCUGACGUCGUCCUAGGUAUGGCCUGGUUGCGUACUUUAGGCCAAAUUACAGCUGACUUUUCAGUCCCAUCCAUCACUUUUACUCACAAGGACUCUCCCAUUACCUUAAAAGGCGACCCAAAAACCUUGCCUACCUUAACUACAUUUCACCAACUGCGCCAUCUCAUACACACAAACUCAGUAGCAUCAUUCCACCUCAUGACAUUCAUACAACAUAAGACACCUAAACCGAACCCACCCAACCUUCACGAACAAGCUGCCUUUCCUUCCUCCCUAACCCCACCGAAAUUCAAACCACCCAGCCAGGAUCAUGACCAACAAAUUAACCCUCAUAUUACCAACCUUAUCCAGAAAUAUCCCACAGUUUUCCAGGGUUCACUUAACCUUCCUCCCCCUCGACCUUUUGAUCACCGAAUUCCACUGUUACCUAACUCACCCCCUAUUAAUGUUAAACCGUACCGUUACCCCCAUUGCCAAAAAGAAGCUAUGACAUCCCUAAUUCAAGACAUGCUUAAAGAGGGUCUUAUUGUUCCCAGCAAUAGCCCAUUUUCAUCACCUGUUCUUCUUGUCAAGAAGAAAGAUGGCACGUGGAGAUUUUGUGUGGACUACCGUGCCCUAAACGCUGUCACCAUUAAAGAUCGAUUUCCUAUUCCCACAAUCGAUGAACUAUUGGAUGAACUGGGAAAUGCAACAAUUUUUACCAAGAUAGAUCUUCGUUCAGGGUAUCAUCAGAUUAGAGUUGCCACAGAAGACACUCAUAAAACGGCAUUUAGAACAUUUGACGGACACUAUGAAUUUUUGGUUAUGCCCUUUGGGUUAACCAACGCCCCUUCUACAUUCCAAUCUGCUAUGAAUGAACUUCUACGCCCCUACCUCCGCAAGUUUGUUUUAGUUUUUUUUGAUGACAUUCUCAUUUUCAGUUCCUCCCUAAGUGACCACUUGGUUCAUUUAGAUAUUAUUUUUAACGCUUUAAAGUCAAAUUCUUUUGUUGCAAAAUUUUCUAAGUGUGUUUUUGCAGUUGAUAAGGUUCAUUACCUAGGUCAUGUCAUAUCAGCAGGAAAUGUUGCUGCAGAUCCAGAAAAGAUACAGGCAAUUUUGGAUUGGCCUGUACCACGUUCACUCACGGCUUUAAGAGGUUUCCUCGGUCUCACCGGUUUCUACCGCCGUUUCGUACGGCACUACGCCACUCUCGCCGCUCCCCUCACCGAUUUGUUACGUUCUACUACUUUUUCAUGGAGUACAGAGGCUUCUUUGGCCUUUACAGAGCUCAAACAUAAAAUGACCGACAUGCCGGUGCUGGCUUUGCCAGACUUUACAAAAUCAUUUAUCAUAGAAACCGACGCAUCUGGUGUCGCCAUCGGCGCAGUCCUCUCUCAGGAUGGUCAUCCUUUGGCUUUCUUCAGCAAAAAGAUGUGCCCGCGUAUGCAAUCCAGCUCUGUUUAUGUCCGCGAGAUGUAUGCUGUCACAGAGUCAGUAAAAAAAUGGCGUCAAUACCUUAUCGGGCAAAAGUUUCAAAUCUACACAGAUCAAAAGAGCCUAAAAGAUCUAUUAAUGCAACGCAUACAAACACCUGAACAGCAAAAGUGGGCCUCUAAACUACAGGGAUUUAACUUCGAGAUUUUUUACAAACCUGGCAGAUCUAAUCUUGUAGCGGACGCUUUGAGCCGUAAGUUUUCCACCAAAGAACCUCUCUUUAUGGCCCUUACUUCUGCCGUCCCUGAAUUGAUCCACCACCUUCGCCAUUAUUACACCUCAGACCUCGAAGGACAACAGUUAGUUCAAAAUAUGUUAAGCAGAGCAGACACUGACUUUAGUUUUAUGAAGAAACUUUUGUUUUUUAAAAACAAAAUGUACAUACCUUCUACACAGUUGCGGUUGGCUCUCAUUGACGAGUUCCAUAGUACACCAACUUCUGGUCAUUCCGGAGUCAAGCCUACAGUUGCACGCUUGACAGCUUCGUUUGCCUGGCCACGCCUACACAGCGAUGUCAAGGAAUUCAUCAAGCACUGCACGAUAUGUCAACAGAGCAAAUAUCAGACACAGAAAAAACAAGGACUGCUUCAGCCAUUACCAAUUCCGGCACAAGUUUGGGAAGAACUCACCAUGGACUUCAUUACAAAACUUCCAAACUCUUUUGGUCACACUGUUAUCUGGGUGAUAUGCGACAGACUCACCAAAUAUGUGCACUUUAUUGCUCUUCCAACCAACUUCACUGCUCAAGACAUAGCUGCUCGCUUUUCAGUUGAGGUUUGCCGACUCCACGGUAUUCCCAAAUCAAUUGUAUCUGACAGGGACCCGUUGUUCGUGAGCACCUUCUGGAAACAACUAUUCAAAAUUCAGGGAACGAAAUUAAAGUUCAGCACUGCCUACCACCCAGAAACGGAUGGACAAUCCGAAGUAGUUAAUAGAAGUUUGGAAACUUACUUGCGUUGUUUUGUUAGUGACCAUCCCAAACAGUGGUUUAAGUUUUUGCAUCUGGCUGAGUUUUGGUUCAAUACAUCCUACCACUCUGCAAUCAAAAUGUCUCCUUUCACGGCUCUUUACGGCAGACCACCACCAGCUAUCCCGGACUAUAUCAAAGAUUCGGCCUCCAUUGAGUCCCUGGAUUCUGUCCUACAACAAAGAAAAGAGAUUUUGGACCAGCUCAGACUCAACUUACAACGCAGCAGAAAACAAAUGGAAACUCAAGCCAACAAGAGCAGACGCGAGCUUACCUUUAAUGUCGGUGAUUCUGUUCUUCUUCGCCUUCGACCUUAUCGUCAACAUUCGGUCACCAAAAGAUCCUCAAAGAAGCUUUCGAAGUACUACCAUGGCCCCUAUACGGUUGUUAAACGUGUUGGUGAGGUAGCUUACGAGUUAGAUCUGCCAUCUUCCUCCAAGAUACAUCCGGUUGUGCACGUAUCCUUGCUGCGACCUUUCUUUGAGGCUUCAUCGGCCUUCAACCCACCGGAUCUGCCUCUACACAUAUCUAAACUCUUUCUGCAAAACCAGGAACAACAAAAAAACGGUCAACCACAAACACCGAAACAGAAUUCAUCAUUGAGUCUAAAGGAACACAAAACCUUACCUGCAGCAAAGGCCGGUGGAUCUGCCGACACACACAUGCAACAAGAUCUGCAACUCCUAACUGAGAAGAAGAACAUUCAACAAUAUCUGGAAAGUACUUGUACUUCUACCGCUAACUCACCAAAUGAAAGUGCAAGUAGGGUUACACCUCCUUUUAUAACCCAACACUCUCCCUCGCCCCCCACCAGCCACGUGUCUCAGAUUUUAAAAUCCGACCGUCCCAACAACACUACACUUAAACCCCCUUGUAUUACUUCUACCAACAAUCCAAAUUCCCCAACUUACCCCUUAUCCUAUCCCUUAACCACAGAAUCCCAGCAAUCUGCUUCUAUCCAACCACUUGCCGCCACCUCACCCCUUGUCUCUGCCCAACGCUCACCCACAGUCAAACAACCCGUUAACCCUAUUCCUCCUUCCCAAUGCUACACACGUGAUUCACUCUCCAGCUGUACUCCACACAACUUCAGCAAACUACCACAACCGUGGGCCCCUGCCUAUACCUCACAACUGAACCUUGAGGACAAGGUUCCCUUUGGAUCCGGAAGUAUUGUUAGCCCAGCAAAACCGCAGCCCAUUAAAAGUAUUAGAGACAGAAAAAUGCCCACUUGGAUGAAAGAUUAUUAUACUCAUUAAGUGGGGUAUCCAUUAGGAAUAAAAUUCUAUUUUAAGUUAUGCUUGUUUGUAUCGGCCCAUGGCCCAAUUACUAGUAACCCUAAGUAUUUAUUUGUGCUGCAGCUGCUGUUUGUAGGCAGAAAAUAUCAAUGUUCAAGUUGUUUUAAGUUUGUCUUCUAAG